AUGGCUAUUGCCCAAGCGGCAACGGACGCGUCCCUGGACGGUCCAGACAGGCAUCUGGAGCUACUGACAGCUUGCCUUAAACGGGGGAUUAAAUUGUCGGGCUUGCUGGAUCUGGAGGAUCAGUAUGCUCACGAUCAUAGAGUUCAUGCUCUGGCUAGCGUCAGCAGAGGUUGGCCUACGAUGACUCACAAGGAAUCAGCUUCGCAGAUACGAUGGUACCUCGAAGACUAUGCUACCAGCCCGUCCGCCCGAACGGCUCUGGUUGGUUCGGACACAUGGGGGGGCUGCGAUAUGGUCGGCAUGGCGGCCAAUUUUCUACAACAGUCAAUCUAUGUUAUCGAGUUUCUUACUGGCCAGACCCACCCGUGGCGCUGCCGUAAAUUUGUACCCACCACGAUCACCCGCCAUCGGCGGAGGGUCGUGACGGCGGCGGAAUGUCCGCUGGGAAUUAUGGACCUCAUGGAUGCAGUAUUAGCGGCAAAAAUUGAGGCACCCGGGCUCCCUCCUCUCGUAUUGCGCUACCAGAAUUGCCACUAUUCCGCUAUUAAUCACUCUGGGAGUUCCAGUCUGUUGCCCGACUUGGUGGCGGAGACAACAUCACUUGAGCAGACGGCUGCUGGUACGUCGGUGUGUCCGGUUACUCAGGAGGCGACGGCGCCUGUACCCGAGACGUCUGGACAGCUAGCAGGGAUACUAGUCUUACGGGAUGACUUUAUCGACGCGUCAACGGAGGUCCUGAGUAGACAUAGACCGGACGAUUGCAACGCGCGAGCACUGGUGGAGCGGCAGGUUAGCUGUUCUACGAUUCCCUCAGCGCCUCCAGCAAGGAUGCGACCCCCUCCCCCGCUGAUCGUAAAAGGGCGCUUGUGGCGUCUCAAAUUUUGCAGAUAUCAGAUGGGACGGACAGGUCGCAGCGCGCCAAGGAAGCGGUAG